AUCCAAUUUCACUCGACCUUACAAAACCACCUCCAGCAGCCCGCACACUUCCCCCGGUGGGCUUAUCCAACCAUUCUGAACAACUCGCAGUAGUCCCUCCCAUCCUUUCCAAUUAUCGUGUUUGGCUUCCUCGGGAUCGAUAGAGAUGAAGCUGCAAUUGACUUCCCUGAUUUCCUUGUUGGCCGCCUCGGCCUCGGCUCAUUCGUGGCUCGAGUGCGUCGAUACUGAAGUUUCUAACUACGAGGCUGCAAAAGCCAAUCCUGAGUUGGAAGUGUAAGUGCUUGUGCUCUGCCUCAUCAUGAUUUCUUGCCCCCUCGCACUCGCUCCCCCUUGCCUCCCGUUGGCAUGUGCGUGCUUUUUGCUAACAUUCCCAUAGUCAACAGACAUGCAAAGGUUUCCCGCGCAACAAGGUUAGCAACGGGGAUUGGAUCCAGGAAUCCAAAACCUAUUUGUGGGAUCUCAACAAUGAUUCCUUGAAUCCCGAUGGCCUUGCUUGCCGCCCAUCUCAGACAAACGACUAUCCUUCCGGUGUUCCUAUGACCACAGCGAGACCGGGUCAGGCUCUCCGUCUUCGUCAUUGGGGGAAUGGUCAUUCUCGCUACGAUAUGGGUUCUCCCCUCAACAAGGACCCCGGUGUUGUGAGAUUGUAUCAUGGUGGGAGGAAGGAGGUCGAGAUCAGGUUGAAGAGUGAAUUGACCGAGCAAAACUGGGUCAAGGGUGCUCAAGCCAAUUUCAGUGCGAACGCCAUCAUCCAGAUCACCGGUAGCAAGAUGAACGAGAAGGCCAACUACUUUGACUGGACCGUCCCGAGCAACUUGGAGAAUGGUCGUCAUAUGUUUGUCUGGGCCUGGGGCUGGGGUUCGGCUGUCACGUCAAACCCUCCCAACUUUAAUCCUGCUACCGACUACAAUAACGCGUUGAUGAACUCGUGGACCACCUGCUUCGACAUUUUGAUUGAGGGAAGCACUGCUAGUAAGAGCUGCCUAUCUGUUACAACGCUUAACAUUUCGCUAAUUGUUCUGUAGCUGGGUCUGACUCGCAGACGUCCACAUCCUCGACUGGCUCGUCCGCGCCCGCCACCAGCAUUUGCUCCUCAAAGGAAUGCUUGAAGGGAGGUAUGGCCGCCAAUCCUUGUACCGGAUCUGACUGUCCACCUUGCUGGUAUGCGGCGGGUGAUAAGUACAAUUGUUUCGACUACAAGGAUGGCAAGUGCCCAUUCGGGGGCGCUUACGAUUGCAAGAAGAAUCUUCAAACCCGUGGAGCCACCAGAUUCCAGCGCACACCUUUCGAGUAAGCUCAAUAUACCGGUAGAUUCGAGAAGCUUGUGGCCCUCGCCCGAAAAAGAAAAAACACAAUACCCCUCUGUUUUUCCCGCAGUACCCAAUCCCACUCUUGACGAGCUACGGGCCCUUUUUUCUGUUUUGUCAUUUCAACUCUUUCUUGCUUUUUCCUCGUCCCCAUACCCUUUUAACUUUUAUAUGCCAGUGACGCUUGACGCUUGCGUCCCGUGGUGGACACCUUGUGAUACAUGCUUGCACAGCUCUCCUUUAGCUGGGGUGGUGGAUCAAUGAAUCGUGUAUCUUACUGGGUAAUUAUCAUCGCAUCUAAGGGAUGGCGGCCUUUUUUUUCUUUCCCCUUUCUGCUUCUCCUCUUCGAUUCUAGUAACAUACCUUUUUCCACUUUUAAAUUUUUUUUAUUUCAUUUUUCUUUCUGGGUGAUAUUGCUUGGUGAUUGGGGGACCCGACGAAUUUUUUUUCGCUCUUGGGAUAGAGGUUGCAUUUGUAAAAAUCAAAUUUGAUCUGUGGGAUGGAAAAACAAUACUAUGGAUUUUCCAUCAAGUUUGUCCAUUUAUAUCGCCUGUUGAGAGUGAGGGUUGUGAUACUUUUGCUUUUAUCCUUGUCAGCCGCCUUCGAGCAAAAAAACUAGGCGGGCCGUCAUAGAAAGUUCAGAAUUUCUCGUGGGAAUUGAUUCCAGAACAACAUUAUGGGCUGCUACCCAUUCAUUCGUAUAUCCAUGCCAAAGCUGCUCGCAUAGAAUUCCUCAAGUGUGGGAGAAAAAAAAAAGACAAUCAAGAACAGGGAAACU